AUUACUAUAAUGGGAUCUCAAGAGAAAAGUCAUACACUCUAUAAUGGAAGCUUUUAUUGGAAGUCCUCGUCGCAGCAAUGGCAAUCAGUGUUGAUUUCGUCCAGCACUUGUCGUAGUUUCCUCCCCUGCCAAUCUCUGAGCUUGAGAAAGUAGGAGAGCAUGGCGGACCACUUGUCAAGCGUGUUCAGCAGUCUCAGAGAGUCAGAGUUCUAUUCCAAGGUACUCAGAGCGGCGGCCUGUCGGAGCAGCUUGCUUCCGUGCCGGAGGAGGGCACCACCGGCUUCAUGGAUCCCUUGCCGCCGCUCAGCUCGUACCGCGAGUCGAUCCGAAGCGUCGUUGUCUGGCCCGGAUGGGGCAUCUCCCCUCAGUCCGGUCAGAGCGGAUCCAACUACUCCAGCAACUCAGGUGCCUCAAGUUCUUACAUGUCAUCCAACUACUCUGUCUGCUCCUCCGGCUCGGCGUUCGCUGCCCAAGCAGACCUCAGUGCCAGCGAGCUCACAAAGAUCGCUCAAAGAAUGGUCAGCGACGGUUACGUGAUGCACAUAUUCCAGUCAUUCAUCGACUCAUCUUCCUCGCCAAUAGUCCGAUACGGUGGCCGUUAUUCGCUGGAGAAUUGGUUCGUCGAGCUUGACGUCGAUUGGGUUCUCCAAAUACGGGAGAACAAUGGCGACUACUGCGAGUGGCGCUUCCAGUUCAGAGGCGUGUCUGCAUCACGCCUCCAAGAAUUGGUCGAGAGGUGGAGCCCAGCUAUGACUAUAAUUGUUGUCAGUUUCAGAGAGCUGGUCGCUACCAUCCACGACGCGCCGGCAGUUGCACAGUUUGGUAAAGCGAGCAUCUCACCGAUGCUCGCCUUUAUCGACGCCGUGAUCCAUGCUAACGAGGCAGAGAAGCUACAGGCCAUGCUACACACAUACUUUUGCGUCUCCAACGCAUCAUACAACAUGUCUCUGAUGCACCUGAUCUCUUCAGAAGCCCAAAGGAUUUUCAACGAGAUAUGCGCCUCGUUGGACAGAGAAAGUGUUAGAGUUCUGUCGAAUAUUAUUGUACAAGGUAGGUUACAGUUGGACUUGAUUUUGGACUGUGUGUAGACAGGGUAGGAGUUGUGUCCUAAUAGGACACCUGUAUCCUAGGCCUCUCAUAUAUAGCGGGGGUAGAUACACGAUGUAACCUAUGCCAACAUAAUAUCACGGGCACGCGGGGAAGCCGGCGGCGUGUGUCGGCGCCCGGGCGGCCGGGGUGCGGUAUUGUGACGGUGUCAUGGGGAGGAGCGCCCUAGUCAGGCCCCGGGGAUGUAGCCAUGAUGGUGAACCUCGUUAACAAAUCUCGGUGUCGUGCUUGGGUGAUUGCUUGGUCCUUGGUAGAUCGACGGAGCGCCUCGGAUUUAUUCUAACAAGUGGUAUCAUGAGCAAGGUUCGACGAGGCGGUGAAGUUGAUCUAGAGGAGAGGAAGAAAGUAUCUAUGAAAUUCUGCGGGGCGAUCGUUGAAGCAAAAGAAAUCGGCGUGGCAUCGUCGAUGAGUUGAUGCAGGCACGAUCUAGAGGUAGAUGGAUUCAUGGUGAUAUAAAUCUUCAAGGAAGCAGGCAGCGACGACAGUAGCUACGAGCUGAUCGGAUCGAUCGGGACGCACACGUACAAUGCCUAUUCGGAUGAUCGGGUGCAGAUUCUGGCUCAAGACGGCGGCACGUGUUCUAGUCGAUUAGGUCUCGCCGAGGACGAUCGUGAUACGGAACGAAGCGCAAGGCAAACGUGCCUACGGGUCUAGCAGCGGGCGCAGAGCCCAAUCGGAGCUGGCGCGAGGGCGUGCAGGGCAGAGUGCAGCAGGUGGUCGUGUGCAGCUGUAGCUACAAGUACGAGUUUGUUUGAAGAAAAGAUCGGUUUCCACGCAUGGCAGUGUGGUUGGACAUGCAGUCGCUAGCUGUUAUCAGAUUGAUUUGAAGUAUGAUUAAGAAAAGAAAUAAGAAACUAGUCAGGAGGGUCACGUGGUGUUAGGUUGUGGAGUUGAAUUUGCUGGUUGCUACACCUACACGAGAAGACUACCAGGAAGACUACGUUUGGGUUCUUUGCUUUGUACACUGGUUGGUAGCGAUGUUGUUGUUCAGCGGAGGCAGUCAUACGGAAACUGAGAACAACGACGUGAGUAUAAGGCUUGAAGAAGUCUGGAGUGCAUCGUGACAGGGAUUAUGCAUACACAAGGCGUCAAGGCAAUGCACGGAGAUGUGCGGGCGGACACGACGCGGGGUGGAGCAUGGUUGCAGUCGGAUAAUUUCGGCUGGGUCGGACUGGAUUGUCUGAUGGACUGACAUGGGUGUUGGUCAAAGCAGAAGACGGCGGUGAUUUCAGCGACGACGACACAGGAGCGUGAUGCUGAUGGUGGCCGACUUCUGGGCGUGGAAACACGUGGUGCAGGUCUGAGGGCUUGUGCGGCUUCGACAGACUAUGGCGCAGGGUUGAUUCAAGGUUGUGUACACAUGAGAGCUUGAAGUCGACAAGGCGCGGGGUAGCAUGGCGCAGCUACAUGGAGUCAUGUUGAAGGUGGAGCUGGAGUUUGACGGAAGACUUCACUCUGUGCUGAUGGAGGGGCUACGGUGUAAGAUAUCAGAGAAUCGAAGCCUAUUUCAGCGGGAUAGCGAGAGAC